UUUCCCAUUUUUCCUUUCGCUCCAAAAUCAUCGAUGACAACGAUAAUGUCGACGGAGCAGGAACCCCCGAUCCUCCCCGUCGCAUGCGGGAUCCCCGUCGACUACGAAAUUACCAAAUCGCCCCUCGCCCCCCUCACCGGGCCGGAUCUGACGGUCCACGACGCGUCCGGGAACGUGGUCUACAAGAUCAACGGCGGAUGCUGCGCCGCCUCACCCUCCUCCUCCUGCGGACGCGGCCGCACCAAAUCUCUCUGCGACGCCGCGGGGUCUCCCUUGGUCUCCUUCCUCCUCCGCAACGUAAGAGCCCCGGUGAGUGGCGAGCAUUUAAAGGUGACAGUUUGGAACUGAAAGAUACAAUCUUUACAGUACGAAAUGCAUCAGCUUCUGCAUCCAAAGUAGAGUUAGAUGUGUAUUUGCGAGACGAAAAUAUCGAAGAUCCAAAACCGAGCUUUCGGCUAAAGGGCAACCCCUUUAGGAGAUCAUGCACCAUAGUCAGAGAGAAUACAAUCGUUGCUCAGGCCUGCCUCUUGUACAAGCUGCGGAAGUUCGUUUAUUGGAGGCAUAAAUUUAGAUUGACGGUUUACCCCGGCAACGAUCACAUUCUUGUCAUAGCUAUGCUCGUAACCUUUUUCGGAGGUAGCAGACGAGCAGAAAUAGGGAAUUGCAUUUGUUGUAUAUUCGGUACUUAAACUUCUCGCCAUGUAUCUAUCAUUCUUUCUUCGAUGAUUGGCAAUGUAUUGAACCUUGCACGAAUCCGUUUCUCACCGAUCAUUGAUUUGGCAUCAUGGCCUUAGACGCCUCAUCAUUUUUGCUGUUGUGGUUCACACGUAUAUUUAAAGCUUGACUUAGGAUUUGUAUCUCAUUCCGAUUACAGGAGAAGAAAAUAAAUUAUGUCUACGACUACUGUUACUGUUC